AUGCAAGUGAAUGAAGCCAAAUAUCUUGUUAUUAAUGUUUUCAAUUUUGGUCCAAGAACGUUAAGAUUUGUAAGCGCACAGACAACAGCGGGUGAAGCAGUAGCUGUUCCUAACCCGGGUGCCAUUAUCACAUCAAGAGCUGGUAGAGGAAAUAUGGCAAGAUUCGUAUUUAGGCAAGGCGCUUUGAGAGGUCCAGAAGUCAACAUAACUUUUAGAGGAAAAAAAGGUACCUUUAAUCUCUAUGCUCAGCAAAACUAUGCCUUUUUGGAAGCUGGAAAUGUCAGUGCAAGUGCGUCAUAUUCUGGAUUUGGUGAAGGCAGAUUCUCCGAACCUUUUAAACAAUGUGGUGGAAUUAGUAGUGCGAAUGGUUUGAUUAUAUUUGAAUUAUGUGAAGAGUUGUGA